CAACUAUCAAAGCUAAAUCAAACAUGAAAUAAGUUAGGUUUUUAUCGUUAACUGUGCCAUCAUGAAAGUUAUUUAACCACAAACUUAUUUUUAGCAAGUUUGCAUGUUCCACUUCUGUUGUUUUCACUUUUAUCUUACCCUACCAAGUUCCAAUAGUAUACCUUCUCCAUCUACACAAUUAAACUUGAGAGAGAGAGAUCUAGAGAUAGAUGGGGAGAGGUAAGAUUGAGAUCAAGAGGAUUGAAAACUCAAGCAAUAGACAAGUUACAUAUUCAAAGAGAAAAAAUGGGAUUUUAAAGAAAGCUAAAGAAAUCACUGUUCUAUGUGAUGCUCAAGUUUCUCUUAUCAUCUUUGCUGCUUCUGGAAAAAUGCAUGACUACAUCAGCCCUUCUACCACGUUGAUUGAUAUACUUGAGAGAUACCAUAAAACAUCUGGGAAGAGGCUUUGGGAUGCCAAACAUGAGAACCUAAACAAUGAGAUUGAGAGACUCAAGAAAGAGAAUGAUGGAAUGCAAGUUGAGCUCAGGCACUUGAAGGGAGAUGAUAUUAACUCACUAAACUACAAGGAGUUGAUGAACUUAGAAGAUGCCUUAGAAAAUGGUCUCCUCACUAUCCGCCAGAAACAGAGGGAAUUAUACAGGAUGGUCAAGAGAAACGGCAAGAUAUUAGAGGAGGAGAACAGAGAACUUAAUUUUAUUCUCCAGCAGCAACAACGUAUGGAAGGUGGGAGAGAAAUGGAUAAUGAUCAUUUUGAUGAGAGUGGAAGAGAUUUCAAUUCUCAGAUGCCAUUUUCCUUUCGUGUUCAACCUAUGCAGCCAAAUCUUCAUGAAAGGAUCUAGAAAAUUCGCUGCUGCAUCCCUCUUCAACUUUGUAUCCAACCAAUUCAAGACAUCUUAAUUAAUUGGCAUUUUGAUAAUCUUGUGCAUGUCAAAACUUUUUAUAACUAUAUAUGUUGAUUUGUGAUUGUAAUAAAGAGGCUGAAUCUGGCUUUGUCAUGACGAUACAAUAUAUUCAUUCGUCUUAAAAUAUAAGUAAAAAUUGAUCAACAAAAGUUGAUGUAUUUCGUGUAAAAUUUAUACCAAAUACAUUAAUUUUUGUUGGUCCAUUGUUGCAUAUAUUUUGACAUGGAAGGAGUAUAUAUUAUGAGCUAUGGUUCAAUUUGUGCAGGAUCAAACUUCGAUAGAUUUGAUCUUGUUUAUCUAACGAGAUUCAUUACACGUUUUUCUAAUAGAGUUGAUACUAAAUUUUGUCCUAUAUAUACAAACUAUAGGACAAAUUGAAUAGAUUUGCUCUAAACGAAUAAAAAAACCACUUUUUAAAUUCAUCAAAUAAUAAAUUUGGGGCAAAAUUA